AUGGAUCACAAUACUAUACUGCAAUGUUUUGCAGCUACUUUAGAUCAAAAUUUUACUAUUAGAUCUGAUGCAGAAACUCAUUUGAAGCAAUUUAGUUCAAACCAAGGGUUUCUCCAAAUAUGUCUAGAUAUUAUCUCCUCCAACGAGGUGGAUGAUAGUAUUAAAAUGGCUGCAUCAUUAUAUUUCAAAAACAAAAUCGCUACUAGUUGGAACUCUAAAUCGUCAUAUGCUUCUGCUACAAAUACUAUUGCAAUAAAUAAAGAUGAAAAAUUAUUAAUUAGAGAUUUAUUAAUUCAAACAAUGUUAAAAUGUUCCAAAAAUUCACCUCGUUGUAUCAAAGUUUUGAAAUAUGCAUUAUCUGAAAUUAUACUUAAUGAUUAUCCUGAAAAGAGUUGGGAAUCAUUAUUACCUCAAUCUUUUGAAUUGUUAUCCAAUUCAAAUAAUGAUAUAGAUACUAUUAACAUUGCAUUGAUUUGUAUCUCUGAAGUGUUCCGUACUUAUAGAUGGAAAUAUAACGAUGCAAGACAAGAUUUAGAAGUUUUAAUCAUGGAAUAUUUCCCAUCUUUAUUAACUUUUGCAAAUGACGUAUUGUUUAAUAACGGUACAAAUAUGAAUAACCAACAAAUUGGUGAUUUAACUAAAUUGGUAAUCAAGACCUAUAAAUUCGUUAGCUACUAUGAUUUACCAUUCGUUUUACAACGCCAAGAAUUCUUUAUUCCAUGGGCUAAUUUUUUCGUGACAAUUAUUCAACAAGAUUUACCAAUAGAGUUCUUAAAUUCCACUGCAAAUGAUCCAAGUUCAAGAAGCAGAAAUCCAUGGGUGAAAUGUAAAAAAUGGGCUAUGGGUAAUAUAUAUAGAUUAUUUUCUAGAUACGCGGUUAAUUCCAUCACGAAAAAAUUUGAAUAUAAUGAUUUUAAAACUGUAUUCUUGAAUGAAUUUAGUCCACAAUUUUUACAAUUAUUGUUUCAACAAAUUGAAAAAUGGGGUAAUGCAAACUAUUGGUUAAGUGAUGAAUCAUUAUAUUAUUCAUUGAGUUUCUUUGAACAAUGUAUAUCUAUGAAUUCCACUUGGAAAUUAAUUUCUUCACAUUAUUUGAACAUUUUACAACAUAUCAUCUUCCCAUUGUUAACUCCAAAUGAAGACACUCUAGAAACUUUUGAAAAUGAUCCACAAGAAUAUAUUCAUAGAAAUUUGGAACUUUGGGAUGAUGAUUAUUCCCCAGAUUUAGCUGCAAUUUCAUUCAUUGUUACUGCAGUUCAUAAACGUAGCAAGAGAACUUUAGAACCAACUUUAGAUUUCAUUAUUCAAGCAUUACAAUCAAACAUGUCUAAUGGCAAUGAUAUAACACUAAAUAAUGCUGUUCAAAUUGAAUCCUCUUUAAGAAUGUUUUCAAGUAUCAUAGAUAAGUUAACACAACAAGAUUCUCCAUAUUUGAAUCAUUUAGAUGGCUUCUUAAAGAAGUUUGUCAUUCCAUUUUUCAAUUCUAAUUUUGCCAUCUUAAGAACUCGUGUUUGUGAAAUUUGUUCCAAAUUGAAUCCAAUUGAUAUUAAAGAUCCAGAAAAUCGGGUAAUCAUUUUCAACGGCAUUGUUUCAUGCUUCAAUGAAUCCAAAGAUGAUUCAUUACCUGUCAAUUUAUCCGCAGCAUUAGCAUUACAAGUAUUCAUCGAUGAUAACCAAUUCAAACAAGUUGUUUCUGAAUAUGUUAUCCCCAUGAUGGAAAGAUUAUUACAAUUAUCAAAUGAUUUUGAAACAGAUGCAAUUUCUGGAGUCAUGCAAGAAUUCGUAGAGCAAUUUGCAGAACAACUACAACCAUUUGGUGUGGAAUUAAUGAAUAAUUUGGUUCAACAAUUUUUGAAAUUAGCCAUUGAAUUAAAUGAAGCGGCAAAUUUUGAUCCAAAUACAAUUAUCAAUGUGAAAGAUAUGCCUGAUGAAGGUGAUAAACAAAUGGCUGCCAUUGGGAUUUUAUCCACUGCUAUUUCUAUCUUAUUAUCUUUUGAAAAUUCUCCUGAUAUUGUUAAGAAUUUAGAACAAUCAUUUUAUCCCGCUGCUGAGUUUAUAUUGAAGAAUAAUAUGGAAGACUUCUAUAGAGAAUUGAAUGAGUUUAUUGAAAAUUCUACAUUUUUAUUGAGAAGCAUAAAUCCAAUCAUUUGGAAAAUUUUGGAAUUGAUUGGAGAUAAUAAUAAGAAUGAAAAUUCCAUGAUUCCAUUUUAUUUGGAAGAUUUCAUGUUAUCAUUGAAUAAUAUUAUAAUUUAUGGUAAAGAAGAAUUAUGUAAAAAUGAAUUCUAUACAAAGAUCAUUAUAGAAAUUUAUGAAAAGGCAAUUCAAGCUGAGGAAAAUACUUUAGAUGAUAUGAAAAAUAUUUUCCAAUUAUCACAAAUGAUGAUACUAGCAUUAGGUGAUCAUUUACCAUCAAUUUUCAAAGAAAAAUUCUUAACUGAUGUUAUGAAGGCAAUUAUUGAAGAGAAGGAAGAUGGAUUAAAGAAACACAUUGUGUUUGCUGUUACGUCAUACAAUGUUAUCACUGCUAGUUUAUGUUCAAGUUCUCCAACUUUGACAUUACAAUUUUUGAAGCAACAUAAUUGUCUUGAAUUAUUUUUACAACUUUGGUUUACCAAUUUUAUUCCAAAUUAUACAAGAGUUUAUGAUAUUAAAUUAUCAUUAAUUGCUGUUUUAAAUAUAUGUUGUAAUAUGACAACAAAUGCUUUCCAUACCUUGGGGUUGGAAUCUUUGUUAGAUCAAAUUGGUAAAGUUGUCGUUCAAUUGAUAGCCAAAUUACCAAUUGCCAUUAAAGAAUUGAAUGAUAAAAAGAGAGAAUUUAGUAAUUUCGACGCUAAUAAAUGGGAUGAUUCUAAUGGUGUUUUUGAUAAAGCAUUUAAUGAUGAUGACGAAAUCGACGAAAAUGCUGAUGAUGACGAAGUUAAUGGUGAUGAGGAAGCUGAUGAUGUAAGGAAAUUGAUGGAUAUGUUAGAGAAAGAUAAUGGAGAUGAUUAUCAAUUCGUACAUUCAGGUACAUUUAAUGAAGCAGAUUCAUUUGAUGAUUUAGAAGAAGAUCCUUUAACAGAAUCCAUUUUACACAAUAUUGAUGCAUUCAGUCUGUUUAAAGAAUCAUUUGCUAACUUAGAACAGAACGAUGUGACAAGGUAUCAAACUUUAAUGCAUUCAUUAAGUGAGGAAGAAAUACAAAUAUUAAGACACACACUAUCUUUAUAA